AUGGUUAAUUCAGAUUCCCGAACUGUAAUUUGUGCACCUGGUGAAAAUAAGGAAACAAACGAUUUGUUUGCUGAGCAGAGCUGUGACUCUACCCCAAAUCUCCUCGAUGUACACGCUGCACUCUUCGCCUGUGCUGACAGUUUCCUUCAGCAAGAAAUGGCCCUAAAAAUGUCAAUGUGCCAGUUUGCAGUGCCAUUUGUGUUGCCUCAAAGUGCUCAUAAUCAAUGCACUCUGAUGUUAUGGGCUCUUAGAGGUAUCCUGAAAGAAUGGCGUCCCACUCUGACAGAAUCUAAAGGGUUUGUUGAAGACAGUGUUGUUCAUGCAAAAAUUCCUAUGAUAUCAUUUGUAAGGCUAAGCAACUGCAGCUUGACCAAGUCAAAGGUGUUGAACCAAGUGUUAAAAAAUUCACAGCAGCACCAGGAUUUUUUUUAUCAAGAAAUGAUCGGAGGAUCUGCUCCAAGAGUCAUCUGUAAUGACAUGGUUGAAAUAUGCUGGAGUUUGCCAUGUGGAAACAAAACCAUUGAUGUCUUUCCUGAGCCAGUGGUUUUUGCUAAUUUAAGAGGAGAUGUUUGUGCAUUCGAAACCCAAUUCAGUUUUCUUUCUCAGGUGUCAACAGCUGUCUUUGUGUUCCUAGACAGUGUUGGUUAAAAACGAACAAAAGUUGUUUGCCUCCAAAUGCUUUCCGAAGUCCAAAUGCUUUCUUGUCGUCAACAAUCCAGGAAACAUGAGUGAGAAAAUAAAGUCAUCAAAAAAAAACAUGAAUUUUGCUGCA